CUCCUUAUCUGCAAGAUGGCAGAUGCAUUUCUCCGGAAUGGAUCGAUCUAUCCCCCAGAAACGACGUAGAUUCAAGAUCAAAACCAAGUUUGGCGCUUCCCGACAAUGGAGAAGUCGCAAGAACCCCCCCUGUGACACUUGUCGUCGGCGCAAGACUGCCUGCAUCAUCGAGACAGCGCCGCCAUGCCGGUUCUGUCGAUCAAAAGGCCAGGCCUGCAGGUCAACCGCCGAUAGUUCCACGGUUCCACCGCGCCAGAGAUCCCGCGAGACGGGAACGACUGAAAACAGAGCCAUCGACACGAGUUUCACCAGGAUACCGGCACUUACGUCUCCUCAAAGGUUGCCGACUGAUAUAACUUCACCUGGCAGCCGAACCGAGGCAGCUUCGCAGACGUCGCCUGCAACGUACAUCAGCGAUAAUGCCCCUACGGUUGAUACCCUCGAGGACAACGAAAACCGCACAGCGCAUUCAGUAGGACUCGCUGGCGAGCAAGAUACGGACCUGCUGGCCUCUUUUAGGUCCGUCAUCACCAAUGAAAGAGAUGGCAUAAGUGCGGACGUCAUCCAGGCGAGUGCAGGGGACCUGGACAGCGCGUUUCCAGUCCACUUUAACCUGUUGAUGGACGAGUUCCAGCCGGCAGACGAUUUAGCAAAACAGACGCUGUCUAACGAAAUUGAGAGCAUGGUUUCACCGCACGGGGCAGGACUUGUUCGACUAUUCUUCAAACAUGUCCAUCCGGUAUAUUGCGUGGUAUCCAAGGGACGAUUCUUGAAAGCAUAUUCAGAAGACAGGAUGAAGAUCCCGGCCUCACUACGAGGUGCCGUAUACGGACUCGGCUCAAUGUUCUGGAAGCACGAUCCAGACGUUGCAGGCUCACUGCAGUUCGAUCUCCAUAACCUGUUCGAAGCUGCCCAAUCAUGCCUGCAGCGGGAACUGCAUGCCCCAAAUUUAUGGGGAAUACAGGCUUGCCUCCUUCUUUUGUAUGAAAGACCAGCUGACAAUGCUACUAUUGAAACACCUCGGACGUGGAUUUUUACUUCCCGCCUUGUCGCAUGUGCGCAGAUGGUCGGACUUCACCGGGACUCAUCCGCGUGGCACCUUAUACCGGGGGAGAAAAAGCUGCGAAAGAAACUGUGGUGGGCAACCUACAUCAGUGAUAUCUGGUCGUCUGUGUGCCAUGGGAACCCUCCGCUAGUAUACCCAGGCUCAUUUACUACAACGCCGCCGCUCAUGGAGGACCUCGCAUUUGACGAAGAGGUGUCCGUGGACUUUGGGGACCUAGUAGACUCUCCUAGUCGGAGCAUCGAUAUAUCUACCACUGCUCGGUUUUUGGAGAUGGUCAAACUGAGCCGGAUCCUACACGAGUUGAUUGACUCCUACUAUCUGGAUUCCAGUUAUCAACAAUCCAUCGCCCAACCACAACUCAGAGAGGCCAAUCUUCUGGGUAUCAAGCGGGAUCUCGAGGCCUGGUCGUCGAUGGUCCCGAACUGUGUGACCAUGGCGUAUAAUGCAGAUACUGCUACUUCCUUUCGCAACAAUGGCCCACUUAAUCUGGCCUAUUUUGCAGUCCAGGCCCUUCUUUUCCGCGCGUUAAUGAGCCCUGCACGGAUGUAUGCUAAAUCAGAUCCAAACUCAUCCCUUUGCCGAUAUUUCGACUCGGCCAUCAACGAGUUCCGCAGCUUCACUCUGUUCAUGGACCGGAUUACCAGCGCAUGCCUGCAUGCCUUCUGGGGCGGCCACGCCCGCUCUCAGAUGACACUCUGUGGGAAUUUCCUAAUAUACCUCUUUCUGUUGGCCCCGAGCCCGGAACAGGUUCAUGCUGCAUUUGAGCUUCUUGGGAGCUUCCAUGGAUCACUGCAACGAUUACGGGAAUGGGCGGAUGACGAUGCUUCCCUUGCUCUGCUACGGCCCGUUGCCCUCCGCAUUGACUCUUUCUUCCUUCACGCAGCACGAAUAAUGAGGAAUGGAAUGGCUCCACAGGUCCCAUCUGAGUAAUUAUACAACAUAGUUUACGAGUAUACUGCGUUUUCUAUACAAGCCAGGCCCCUUACCCCUCCAAGCCAGCGAAGGCGUCAAUAACACUUCGUGGCUCACUGUAUUUCCCAAUGGGCACAUAUUGUAUCUCCUCAAAUCCCAUAGACCCUGGACCUCCUACUUCCAUACCCCUCGGUGUGUCCGUCCACCGCGGAGACGCAGCAAUGGCAAUGAUCAUUACUUUCAAGCCAUAUUUAUAUUCUGGCGUUCCCAAACCAGCACCUGUUUCAGCAUCAAGAACGGCGAUGAGGUCUGGCACUGAGGCGAGGAUCUUAGCCUCGCCAGUCGGCAGAAGCG